AGAGAAAUUUCAAAUAGUACUCCUCCUCCUCAUCCUCUCACCAUCUCCUCCAUUCCAUCAAAUCCCUCACCCUUCUCCUUUCUCUUUCUCCACAUCACCAUUAGAUGUCCUCUUCAUGAAAGCUCACCAUCAUCCUCAUCAUCACUAUCAUCACUUCUCUUGAUCCUUUGAUGAGCUAGCUAACUAGCUAGCUAGCUAGCUCCAUGUCACUAGACCACCAAAUGGCAUGCAAUGGCAUGUCCUCUUCCUUCUUCCCUCCCAACUUCAUCCUCCAAAUGCAGCCCCCCACUGAAAAUGAACACCAACAUCAACCUCUUCCUUCCACUCUCUCUCCUUUCCUCCCCACCAACACCCAAGAUCUCAGAGGGAUGGCAACAAUGUUGAGUAAGAGAUCCAUGUCAUUCUGUGGGAGGGAGCCAUGUGAAGAGAUGACCGGAGAUGAUGAAUUUUCUGACGAUUGUUCACAUGCCGGGGAGAAGAAAAGGAGGUUGAACAUGGAGCAAGUGAGGACUUUAGAGAAGAACUUUGAGCUUGGGAACAAACUCGAGCCGGAGAGGAAGAUGCAACUAGCCAGAGCUCUUGGCCUUCAACCAAGACAGAUUGCCAUCUGGUUCCAGAACAGGAGAGCAAGGUGGAAAACCAAACAACUUGAGAAAGACUUUGGUGUUCUUAAGAGACAGUUUGAGUCUUUGAGGUCUGAGAAUGAUGCUCUUCAAGCUCACAAUAAGAAGCUCCAAGCUGAGAUAUUGGCUUUAAGAGGAACAAGAGAAGCAUCAGAGCCAAUCAAUCUGAAUAAAGAAACAGAAGGGUCAUGCAGUAAUAGAAGUGAGAAUAGUUCAGAUAUAAAAUUAGACAUCUCAAGAACAUCAGCAAUUCAACAUGCCAGGCCUUUGUUCUCAGCCAUUGGUAGACCAGUUGGGAAUUCAAGAACUCAUGAGCUUAACUUUCCUCCAAUGAAGAUUGAACACGGCACACCGGACGACAAUUUCUGCAACAUUUUCUGCAGCAUAGAUGAUCAAUCUGCAGCCAUCUGGCCAUGGUCAGAGCAUCAUAAUUUCCAUUGAUACAUUAUGUACACCGUUAUAUUAGACGAUCGAAGACGAUAAAAGAAAAGGAAAAUUACAUGAUAUGUCUUGAGUCGUAGAGAUAAAAUUAAUGAUAAAAUCUUUUAUAUACUAGGGUAAAGUAUAUAUAGAUUUUUGUUAGUAUGUUUCUGGUUCUUUGCGUGAUUAAUGAAAUAAAGGACAUA